CCUUAACACCAGUGAGAGAGAGUUCUUGUGCAUUCAAUGCGCUUCACUCUUUUCGCGAUCACAGCAAAGAGGUUAGAUAGAGUCUUUGCCUUCUUACGCGUUCUUUUGGGGGAAAUAGUGACCCUAUAGACUUCGCAUCAUACGCGCAUCGCGCUUCAGCAGAGUCCAUGGAUUCGCCGACGAAGGGGCCUCGAUAUAAGUAGUUUCAACUUUAGAAAUUGGGAUUGUGAAGAAGUACCAGCGAAGAACACGAGUGUCGGGAAGAAACGUUGAGCUUUGCCGGGACUAGGAGAAGACGCUCCUAAUUGUAUGGUUGGAUAGCUAGAAAUCGAUCUAGAGAUAUGGCAGGCGGUGCUCCAGCGGGAAGAACACUAGAGCAAACUCCGACAUGGGCUGUGGCGGUCAUUUGCACGAUGUUUGUGGUUGUCUCGCUAAUUGGCGAGAGAACUCUUCACUACCUUGGCCAUUGGCUGUCAAAGACAAAGAGAAAGCCUCUUUACGAGGCUCUAGAGAAGAUGAAAGAAGAGCUUAUGCUGCUGGGAUUCAUAUCUCUGCUCAUCACUGUCACGGCGGAAUCGAUCAGCAAAGUCUGUGUCAGGACGACCUUCUUCGAUGGGCAUCUCAUGCCUUGCAGCGCAGCAGAAGCUGCAGGAACCACUGAACCCGAGCACUUUCUUAUCAACAGGAAAUUGUCCGAGUACUUUAUGGAUCAAGUCGGGUUGCCACGACGAUCAUUGGCUGUCGCAGGGAACUCCUGCGCAGAGGGAAAAGAGCCAUUCAUCUCGUUUCUUGGCCUCGAGCAGCUGCACCGUUUUCUCUUCGUGAUGGGAUGCACACACGUCUUCUACUCGUGUCUCACCAUGCUUCUCGCAGUUGUCAAGGUUUAUAGCUGGAGGCGCUGGGAAGACGAAGCCCAUAGUCAUGUCGACAACCAGCAAAACAUGGCCGAAUUUUGCAGGAACUUGACAAUGAAAAGGCAAUCGACUUUCGUCCAGCACCACGCAUCAACACCUGGUAGUCGCAAUCCCGUCAUCAUCUGGGUGAUUUGUUUCUUCCGCCAGUUCGGGCAGUCUGUUACUCGCCCGGAUUACCUCGCGCUGAGGCUGGGAUUCGUCACUAAACACGCCACGGGACCAAAAUAUGAUUUUCACAGCUACAUGAUUCGAUCGAUGGAGGACGAGUUCAAGGAAAUCGUGGGAAUAAGUCCUUUGUUCUGGGUCUUCGUUGUUCUCUUCAUGCUCUUCAACGUCGAUGGAUCCAACUUAUACUUUUGGAUGUCGUUUCUUCCAAUAGUGAUGGUGUUGAUUGUCGGAGCUAAACUCCAGCGAAUUAUCGCCCAGCUCGCUCUCGAAAACUCGGGACUCUCGGGACCUUUGGAUGGUGUUCAUCUGAGACCGCGCGAUUCACUCUUUUGGUUUAGAAGGCCACAGUUGAUGAUGCAUUUGAUCCACUUCAUCCUCUUCCAAGAUGCUUUCGAGCUCGCAACUUUCUUCUGGAUCUGGUGGCAAUUCGGAUGGGAUUCAUGCUUUAUGAGCAAGAAAUCAUUUGCUUACAUUCGUGUCAUCACGGGAUUCUUGGUCCAAGUUCUUUGUAGCUACAGCACCUUGCCACUCUACGCUCUUGUCACUCAGAUGGGAUCUAACUACAAGAAGGCGAUCUUCCAAGACAACGUCGUGGAAUCCCUCCACCACUGGAAGAAAGUUGCGAAACACCGAGCAAAAGAAGGAAGCUCACACGCGGGAUCAAACGACGGUCAGGAGACCUUCCACCACCACCACCGCGAAAGCCCGCCACCGCCGCCAAUUGCCGAAAUCGAGCUCGAAAACGAGGGUGGCGCCAGGCACGUAAGAUCAACAGCCAGAUACAUGAGAAACAUCGAAAAAGUUCCAAACGUUUUCACUCUCCCCAACGACACGCUCUUGAGUCCAAAGCUCCCGGAGUACAGCCCAAGCGUGGAGCAGCACAAUGUAGAGAUGAUAAAACCAACGUAUGGAAGGCACAACCCCGCCGCCGACGCAUACGAUCCUAACCAGCAAGGAAGAUCGAUGGAGUGAGUUAUGUUUUUUUUUUUUUCUUUUUUUUGACAUGUAAAAUUAUAUAUAUGUCAAUUUCGGUAGUAUAUUUUGUUUUUAAUUUUAAUUUUUUGGUAAUAAUUUGAAUCACUAAGAAAUAUUUGAGAA